AUGGUGGUGGCAGCGCGGCUUCCAACGCUCGCGCGUGCGGGCGCUCUAGCGCGCAAGAUUGCGCUGCACUGUGGUGAGUCCGAGGCCCAUUCCCUCUUGCAGGCGGCGUACCGCCACAGUCUGCAGCAGGCGGUCCAGUGGGGCGCUCGUUCCUUGGCCUUUCCGUCGAUUUCUACGGGCGUGUACGGCUACCCGAAAGAGGCAGCGACACAUGCCGCUGUCGACGCAGUGGCGCAGUUCCUGCGAGGUCCCCAGGGCGAGCGGAUCGACCUCGUGGUGUUUUGCUGUUUUUCGCCCGGCGACCUGGCGCUGUAUGAGCGCAUCGCGCCGAUGUACGCCGACGCAGGCGCUACGUAG